AUGGGAAAACGGGUGCUCGAAAAUCCGGACGCUUGGGCUGAUGAAAUAGUUUCAGAAGAGUCUUUGCUUAUGGACGUCUUAUUUAUGACACUCCUGCUGCAGGAAAGAUCUGGUCGUUUCUUUUCAGGCUACCCCAAGUUCACAAUUAUCGGUGUACCAGAUCGAGCAGCAUUUGGUGAUCCCAAGAGCUACCAAGAACACCAAGAGUUUGAUGCUACUCCCGCCAGCCGCGACAAAAGCGAAGAACGCCAAACGCCACUAAACAUCUGUCACAAACAGAUGCUUUGGGAGAACUACGCGUCGGCUCUUCGAUGGUGCGCCAAGACCAGGUCGCUCGCCCAGGGAAAACGAAUCCAUUGGGCGCUGAUCGAGGAAUUGGGCGACCAUCCUGGCGCGCUCUUGGGGAAUCUCUUGAUCGGCAUGUAUGGGAGGUGUGGCUGCUUGGGAGAGGCUCGCGAGGCGUUUGAGAGGUUGAGCGAGAGAGAUGGGUCGUCCUGGGACGCGAUGCUGGGAGCGUAUGCCCAGAAUGGGGAUGUGGGCGGUGCUAGGCGGUGCUUCGAGACAAUGCCGGCGAGGUCUAGCGGCUCGUGGCGCGGUUUGCUGUGGGCAUUGGCGCGCAGUGGGCGGGGAGGCGAGGCGAUGGAGAUGCUCAGUAGGAUGGAUCAGGAAGGCGUGGAUAUCCAGCUCGCAGCGCUCGCCGCCGCCGUGAGCGCCUGUAAGAACCUCCAGCAAGGGAUCGCCAUUCACGAAGAGAUUGCUGCCGGCGGAGUAGAGUGUGAGGCAAUUCUUGCAACAGCACUUAUAAAUAUGUUUGUUAAGUUGCGUUGCUUGCAAAGAGCCAAGGAUUUGUUUGAGAGAGUUCGCCCUUCCAGCGCAGUGGCGUGGACAAUUCUCAUUGUAGCAAAUGCCCAAGAAGGGCAUCUUGAUCUAGCGCAGCACCUCUUUAGAAACAUGCCAGAAAGAACCUUGAUCUCAUGGACAAGUAUGAUCACAAUACUUGCAAGAGCCUCCCAAAUCCACGAAAGCUGGAGCUACUUCCAAAAACUGCCAAGCCGAAGCGUAGUCUCUUGGAACGCUAUAAUUGCAGCAUUUACCGUAACAGGGCAUCCAUGUCGAGCACUAAAAUGCUUUGGAGAGAUGGACCUUGACGGCGUGGAGAUGGAUUCCAUCACCUUCGUAUGCGCCAUGUACGCUUGUUCCAUCGUGGGCGAGUUACAAAUUUGCAAAAUUCUCCAUGCCGGGCUCGUGGAUCGCAAGAUCCUGAUCGAGACCGCAGUUGCCAACGCGCUGGUUUCCAUGUAUGCCAAAUGCGGGGAAAUGGCCGCCGCCCAAUCGAUCCUCGCGGCGAUGACUUCUCACAACUCUCACAGCGGCCGCGCCCACAACACCCUCAUCGCUGCAUUUGCCCAGAGAGGCCAGAUCGAGGAGGCACAGCGCGUCUUCGACCAAAUGCCUACCACCGCCAUCGACACCGUCUCGUGGAACGCGCUCCUCGCAGCCUACACUCGCGGCGGGCGGACGAUCGAGGCCGCCAGGAUCUUCGACGCCAUGGCGAUGAUCCAGUGCAACACCAUCACCUGGAACACCAUGAUCUCGGGCUUCCUGGACAACGAUGAGCCGCAUGCCGCGAUCCAGGCUCUCCGGAGGAUGGAUCUCGAGGGCUUCCAGGCGGAUCGCGUGAGCCUGAUCGCGGGAGUGUACGCGGCGGCCGGGAUUGGGAGCGCCGCCGCCGGCGAGGAGCUCCUCGCUGCCGGGAUGCUCGAUCUCGACCGCGACUCCAGUGCCGCAGCGGGCGCGAUCCAUCUAUAUGGCCGAUGCUGCAGGCUGGAUCGCGCGCGGGAAAUCUUCGCAUCGAUCGCGCGCCGCGAUGCGCUGUGCUGGGACGCGAUGGUGAGGAGUUUGGCGCACGCCCGGGAGCUCGGGCUCGCGCUGGCGGCGCUGGAGAGGAUGCCGUACAACGACCUCUACGCGUGGAACGCGGUGGUGGCGGCGCACGCCCAGGCGGGGCUUGUACGGCAGGCGGAGGAGCUCUUCGCCGCCAUGCCAUACCGAAACGCAGUGUCGUGGAACACGAUGAUCGCUGGCUACGCCCAAAACGGCCACCACUGCCGCGCUCUCCACCUCUUUCGAUCCAUGGACCUCGAGGGCGUGCCGCCCACCAAGAUCUCCUUCAUCUCCUCGAUCGAUUCAUGCGGAGAGGUGGCGGUGGCCGCGGUGGGGGCGGCGGCGGGGCCGCUCCUCCACGCCGAGAUCGCUGGGAAGAGCUUCGAGUGGGACGUGGGCGUGGCCACCGCGGUGAUUAGCAUGUACGGCAAGCUCGGCCUCCUGGACCGCUCACUGGCGGUAUUCCACGGCAUGCCGCGGAGGACCGUGGUACCGUACAAUGCCACCGCCGCGGCGCUGGCCGAGAAUGGCCGUUCCCGCGACGCGCUGCACUUCCUCCACACGAUGCUGCUCGACGCCGUGACGCCCAGCGACGUGAGCUUCCUCAUCGCCAUCGCGGCGUGCAGCCACGCCGGGCUGUACGAGGAUGGAUUGGAGCGCUCGGCUGGGAUGAGCCAGGAUCACGGGCUUGAUCCCAGCUUCGAUCACUACCUUUGUGUGGUGGAUCUUUUGGGACGGGCCGGGCAGCUGGGCGACGCCGAGGAGCUGCUGUGCGUGAUGCCGUACGAGCCCAACGUGGUAGCUUGGACCGCGCUGCUUGCCGCCAGCGUCAACCACUGUGACGUACACCGCGCGGUGCGUGCCGCGGGGCGGGUGCUCGAGCUCAAGCACGACCCGGCCGCCUAUUCUUUGCUCUUGAACAUUUGCUCUCCAAGACUGGAAACCAACUGUCAAGAUAAUAUAGACUUUCUUUGA